AUGGGGGGUGUGGGCAAGACCACCAUUGCUCAGCUCACCUACAAUGAUGAGAGGGUCAAGGGGCAUUUCCAAAUGAAAAUGUGGGUGUGUGUUUCAGAAGAUUUUGGUGUGAAGCAGAUUACAAAAUCAAGCAUAGAAUCUGCAACUGGGGCUGGUUGUGGGUCAUUAGACUUGGCCCCAUUGCAGGAUCGCCUCCAUUGGAGUCGAAUCAUUGUAACCACUCGUAGAGAAGAUGUUGCAUGGGCAAUAGGAAGGGCUCACAUACACAAGCUGGCUGUCUUAUCCGAUGAUGAUUGCUGGUUAGUGUUCUGGCACAGAGCACUUGAGCAUCGGAAUGUACAAGAGCCUUCAGAGUUGGAAGAUAUUGGAAGGGAAAUCGUAAAGAAGUGUGGAGGGCUGCCUCUCGCAGCAAAGACAAUAGGGAGUGCCGUGUGCUCGAAAAGGACGAGAAGGGAAUGGGAGCUUGUCUUGGAAAGCGACACAUGGAAUUCACAUGAUGUCUUACAAGGCGUUUUACCAGCUUUGUUACUCAGCUACCAUGAAUUGCCUCCUGCUUUGAAGCAAUGCUUUGCUUAUUUCUCCAUCUUCCCGAAAGAUUGGGAGAUAGGGAAGGAUAGGACAGUGAAGUUAUGGGUGGCACAAGGUAGUGACUGUUCACUGGUGAAUAUCAGAGAGCAAGCCUCGCUGAACCUAAGCAAUGUUCGCCAUUCUCUUUUAAUUGACAGUGAUAAAGAUGGUGAUGAAGUGGCUUCCAUUUGGGCAACCUUGUAUAAGGCUAACAAGUUGCGGACGUUGCUAUGCGUUUCAAGAAUCUCCAAGCCCAGGGUGCCAAACAAUUUAUUUGAUCAUUUCAGACACCUUAGGGCAUUGGACUUGAGUGACACUAGCAUUAAGAAAUUGCCUGGAACAGUAGGAAAAUUGAAGCAGUUGAGAUAUCUUGAUUUCACUUGGACAGACAUAGAGGAGUUGCCUGAGGAGGGCACAGGGAGACUAAGUAGCCUUCGGAGGUUGGAUGAUGAUGAGGUGAAGAGAAUGGAUGACGUGCUUGUAAUCCUACAGCCACACGCAAACUUGAAAGAGUUGAAAAUAGUGGGUUACAAAGGUUGGAAGCUUCCCAAGUGGAUAGAGGAUCCGGUGUUCUCCAAUCUAGUGAAGGUGAUGCUCUGGUAUUGUGACAAGUGUAAACAAUUGCCAGGUCUUGGGAAACUACCUUCCCUUAAAUACCUUCAUAUUGUGGGAAUGGAAGAGGUGAGAAAGGUGGGUGGUGAGUUUAGUGGGGAUGAUAAUAAUGAUGGAAGUGGUGGUGGAGGUGUUAUGUCUUUCCCAAAGCUGGAGACCCUCAUCUUCGAAGACAUGCCAAAUUGGGAGGAGUGGGAAUUGAGAGGUAGAUAUGAAGAGAUUAUGCUCUCUCUCCUUGAAUUAGAAAUAUCUUUAUGCCCAAAUCUGAAGGCAUUGCCCUACAACCUUCCACCACUCCUCGAGGAGCUGACUUUAAACAUAGGUAAUGAUGGGUUGCAAUCGGGUGGGACCUUACCCGUCCUCCCCAACCUUAACCACUUGGUGAUUUGUGCAAGUCUGAGCUGA